CCAUUUUCAACCAUCAAAUACAUUUAUUUUAUUUUAGUCUAUUUUCAAACAUGAGCGCAAUACCUAAAGAUACUAUUAAGAAUAUAGGCGAAUCACUCGGUAUUUCGAAUUUGAAAGACGAUGUUGCAACUGCUUUAGGACAAGAUGUUGAUUAUCGAGUUCAGGAACUUAUUCAGGAAGCAACCAAGUUUAUGCGUCAUUCCAAACGAUCAAAACUUAUGGUGGAAGAUAUCAAUGCAGCAUUACGCGUCAAGAAUGUAGAACCAUUAUAUGGAUAUGGUUAUGGAGAUGCCAGCAAAUUCAGACGUACUACGGUCAACAAUCAAAAUAUUUAUUUCACAGAAGACGAAGAAGUGGAUUUCGAUACAAUACUGAAUAAACCUCUACCCAAGAUCCCAUUGGAUGUUUCAUUUACUGCACAUUGGUUAGCUAUUGAAGGUGUACAACCGGCUAUUCCUCAAAAUCCAACUCCAAGCGAUGCCAAAUCUGAUUUAUUGACCAAAAAGACAAAGACACAAACUACAACGAACGGUAUAUCAACAGAUCAAGUCGAUGUCAAACCUCUUGUCAAGCAUAUAUUAUCCAAGGAACUCCAAAUGUAUUUUGAACGGAUCACCGAUGCGAUUGUCAGCGAAGAUGAACGACUACGAUCCCAAGCAUUUGAAAGUUUACGGAAUGAUCCCGGAUUACAUCAACUUUUACCAUACUUUGUGCAACAUAUUCAAAAGAAGGUGAUUCAAAAUCAUAAGAAUCUAGAUGUAUUGGAUGCCAUGUUAUCAACGGUUUAUUCCAUAUUGAAUAAUAAACAUUUAUUCGUGGAACCCUACUUACAUCAAUUGAUCCCAUCUAUUUUAUCAUGUUUGGUUGGUCGAACUAUUUGUGAAGAACCUUUGGAACAAGAUCACUGGAGUACACGUGAUAGAGCAGCAUCUUUGAUUGCAUCUAUCUGUCAUCAAUAUGGAAAAUCAUAUCAUACCUUACAACCACGUAUUGCCAAAGCUUUACUACGCGCAUUCUUGGAUCCAACAAAACCUCUGACAACACAAUAUGGUGCAAUCAAGGGACUCUCUCAACUAGGAACAGAAGUCACUCGUGUACUUGUGGUGCCCAAUAUCAAGUUUUAUGAUCAAAAUUGUUUACAACAUGCUCUUAGUAGUACAAGUCCAUUGAAAUUGGAAGGUGCUAGGAAAUGCCAAGAAGCUUUAGUGGAUACAUUAUUACAAAUCUCAAAGGAAGCGAAAGAGACUGCUCUACAAGAACAAAUAAAAUUAGGAUCCGAAAUGGAAGAUGGUGAAACAGCCUCUGAACAAGACCAGGCCAAGUUACUUGAACAUGUUGGGACUUUGGUUGGACAACCAUUUUUAGAAAAAGAACAAGGAAAAAUAGCUAUUAAGGAUAUUUUGGAACAUUUACAAUAAGUUUAUUUAUAGAAUUUGAUCAAUAAAACUUGUUGAAAUAAUAAAAAAAGG